AUGAAUGGAAAUAAUGAAGAAGUUUUUAUCACAACAGUACCGAAUGAUGAAGAAGACAUAGCAUUUGGCCUAAGCGAUGGCGAUGAUUUGAAUAUUGAUAUUAAGUCAUCUGUUGAUUCUGAUGAAGAAUCGAUGGUUGAUGAGGAAAUUGAAGAUAUUUUUAACAAAAAACAACAUCAAGAUAUAUCAUUGCUUUCAAUAGCAAAGGUUGAAAGUGUUGAUGUUAUUGAAAAUAACACACUUAUACAGGAAACAUCAUCCUUAUCAUUGAUUACUAAUCAAACGCAAACUGCUAUUUCAAAAUCAGUUUAUGACUAUGCUACAGUAGUUCGGCAAACAUUAAAAACUCCUCGUCAAAAUAAACUAGAUCAUGAUGUUGCAACUGUACUAGGCUCGAGUGAUCCACCACCAGGCUUUGGUUUUCUCCACCCACAAUUUUAUUAUCUCGAACAAACUCGUCCAGUUCCAUUAGAACCUCUUCAGGCUAGCAUUUUAGUUGUUUGGCGAGGUUAUAACGGUCACGUGUAUUUUUCACCAAUUCAAGUACGGCAAUUUGAAAACCAACCAUUUCUUUCCUCGACAAAAUUUUUCAAAUCGGUUGCAGCUCAAAGUGUUCCAUUAAUAAGAAAAACAGGAACUGAUCGAUCAAAUACAAUUCUAUCACAAUAUAAAGAUAGAAAAACUAUUACACGCACAGAUUUUAAUAUUUCACAACUAAAUAAUAACGAACAUUUAUUAGCAAAGAAAAAACCGCCCUCCGGCACACCAAUAACAGAUGACAAUUUAAUCACUAGCAGUAGCGAAUUACAAUAUUCUACAUCGGUAUCAUUUCUCGAUAAAGACGAUUGUAAACAAGAAUUCAACAGAAUGUGGCAAUCCGUUGUUACCUGUGCGCAUGUUCAAGCGAAACCAAUAUCAAAACGAAGUCGACACGCUAUGGAAGAUUUACAAGCUUUACAACAAGAACAAUCAGUACAAGAUCCAACGGGUUAUAAUCGACAAGUUUUACCAAAUAUUCGACCUGUACCAAAAUCAAAAUUUGUUUAUAAAGGCUUAGCAUAUAAAGAAACACAAAAAUUACCGGGUAUUACAAAUGGUACUGGUAAUGAUAAUGAUGGUAAUGCCUUACAAAAACCAUUGGUUGCUUAUAAUCUUGCUCAAGCUUAUGCUCGAUAUGAAAUUAAUGCAGCAAGAGCAAAACAUGGUUUUCGACAACCACCUCCAAGUGCAGUUACUGCUGCCGUUUUAAAAGAUCAAUCAUCUCCAUUACAGACAUCAGUUGAUUUACGUGAAAUGAGAAAACGUAUUGUACGAGGUACAACUCUUGCCUAUCGACCUCCACCGCAAUCCGUUGCAUGGACACCAGGUCGAGCUGAUCAUAGAUCAACAUUAGGCUCAGAGACUGCACAUCGUCGUCCAUCAACAUCAAAGUCAUCGAUUCCACAAAAACAAACAACUGUAAUUGAAAUGCCAAUUGUUACUAAAAACAUCAAUCAACCGCGGAGUUCUUCACGAUUUACGACUACAUCAGAAUUAUUUGCUGGUGUAUCAUAA